UGCAUCGUCCUCAAUAGCAAGAUGGCGAUGGUGUUGAGAGCGUAGUAAAAAGUGAGCGAUUUUUGGCAAGUAUCGCCAGUUCCGACAUUCCGAGUGAUUGUCAACGGUAUUUAUUGGUUGGUGAUUGUUUGCAAACAUGACUGCAGGCACCAGUUUAGUGGUGCCCAUAGUGCUAUGGGGCCGUAUAGCACCAACCCAUUGUAUUUCCUGUGUCUAUUUAUCCCGGGAUCAAAAAACAUUGGUAACAGGAUGUUAUGAUGGGCAGAUAUGUUUAUGGCAAGUGGAUCCAGAAACAUUAAAGAUGACUCCAAGAUGUCUACUUGUUGGACAUACCGCUCCAAUAAUGUGCCUCAGCCGAGCUAGUGUAAUAAUGGAACAAAAUUUCAUCGUCAGUAGCAGUGAAAGCGGAGAGAUGUGUACUUGGGAUCUAGUCGACGGAAAGUGUCGUGAGGCGGUGAAGCUUAAUAACAUUCACACACAAAUGUUACCCUAUGUCUCCGCGGGUGGAGAAGAUGUUAGAUUGUUUUGCUCCGGGUAUUAUCCUGAGGUUUUGGUGAUGGAUCCAUUCAGUUUGGAGGUGCUGUUCACCUUAAGCUCUCGCGUCAAUCCAGAUUGGAUUAGCGCUUUGCACGUUUUGCGGCCGGCCAAACGGAAAGGUCGGUUCUACGUGCAUACAAACGACGUCGUGCUGGCUCUGACGACGACGGGCACGGUGAAGGUGUGGACACUUUUGGGACACGAGAAUCGGAACAGCGAGCCCUUGUACGAACACGAGAGCAAGCAAAUCCGCUGCUUAAACGCGCUGGCGAUGACCUGCUGUCCUUACAACCAGAGAACAGUGCUUAUCGUGUGCUCUAAAUACUGGCAGAUAUUCGAUGCCGGUGAUUUCUCGGUCCUCUGCUCGGUAACGGCUCCACGUGGGGAACGUUGGAUGGCAGGCGAUUUCUUGGCCGCGGACAGGGUCAUUCUGUGGAGCGACGAAGGUCAUGGAUAUUUAUUUAAGCUUCCAGCAAACAAGCUGAAGGGCAAGGCUCUCAGCAGUAGCGUUGCGGACAACAAGGAUUUCCAUACCGCUAGUGCCGAAUAUGAUCAGCCGUAUCUGUACUGUACACUCACGCAGCCCGGAGAUAAACCUCUUUCCUGCCCGCCGGCUAUGCGACUGGUCACCGUGCAGCGUCAGAACAAGACUCUAAAGUAUCUUUUACGCGGGGACAGCGAAGGUGUAGUUAUUCUCUGGACGGUGCCAGACGUGACGACGCAGCAGCUUGCUCAGAUAUGCCAGAACGAUGGAACUCUGCCACCGGCAUUGCCGCCAACCGUCAAGACAAGCCUCACCCUUGCCUGGGACGGGAUGAAACCGCCUCCCGUCGGCAUACUCGAUCAGCUGGACUCUGGCGAUGGUCAGGGUAUCAAACUCACCGCCUGCAUAUAUCUGCCGCAGCAGAGUCGGCUAGUCGUGGGCCGCGAGGACGGUAGCAUCAUUAUCGUGCCGGCGACGCAAACCGUGAUGCUUCAACUCCUCCAUGGAAAUCAUCAGCAGUACGAUGACUGGCCACCGCAUCAAGUUCUUCUGGGUCAUUCGGGACGAGUGAAUUGUCUGCUGUAUCCUCACGGCGCAGCAUCUCGCUACGAUCGCACCCACCUUGUUUCCGGCUCCGUCGAUUUCGCUGUCUGCCUCUGGGAUUUGUAUGCCGGUACACUGAUCCACCGGUUUUGCGUUCACGCCGGCGAAAUCACGCAGCUAAUGGUGCCGCCUGACAAUUGCAGUCCCAGGAUACAGAAAUGCGUUUGCAGUGUUGCGUCCGAUCAUAGCGUUACGUUGCUCUCGUUGGCCGAGAGGAAAUGCGUCGUACUUGCCUCGCGACAUCUUUUCCCGGUUGUAACCAUCAAGUGGAGACCAUUGGAUGACUUCAUGAUAGUCGGGUGUUCGGAUGGCGCCGUAUACGUUUGGCAAAUGGAGACCGGUCAUCUGGAUCGCGUGUUACACGGCAUUAUCGCGGAAGAGGUGCUCUAUGCAUGUGACGAGAACACUAUAGCGGCGGCCGGCGGGUCCGCCGCCGGCGGUGAGCUAGGAUUAGCCAAUCCAGCCGUGCAUUUCUUUAGGGGUUUGCGCCAUCGAAACCUAUCGGCGAUCAGACACGCAACGCAGAGAGGACUGCACCAAUUGCAACAGCUUCACGGUGGACACGGUCCUGAUCACGGAAAUCAGAUAAAAGCCAAAGGCUCGCCGCUAAUGAUUCAGGGCUUCAGGAGUAACCCGAAGGAUCCGGAGAGUCAUAUCCUGUUCUUCGACAUAGAGGCAUUGAUAGUACAAUUGCUCAGCGAUGAAUACGGUGCCAUGUCGCCCGGUUCGUUAGAAGCGCAGGGGCUUAUCUCCGCCGCCGAAUAUCAAAAAGUCGCAGCGCUUACUCAAUCUGCUAGUCCCGAUGCGCAUAAGAAAAUUGUUGACUUUUUCGGUCGCGUCAAGGAUAAGGCGGGCGAUGUUGAGCGAAUAUUGAAGGAGAAGGAUCGUCACGGUAUAUUGGCUAAGAUGAAGGAAGGUGCGGAGAAUGUGCAUACUAAAUUACAGGCUAAGGCGGAAAGUGUCGGCCUCAAGUCGGCAUUUGAUGGCAAAGGCGACAAUUGGAACAACAGCGAUGCGGCGAAGAACAAUUUGAAACGAAACGGUGCGUUUAGCGAGCCGAACGCGACGAUGGAAGUGGCACAGUUGCUUUUGAGUCUUCUGCACGCCUGGGGCAUGGAUCCAGAUUUGGACCGGGUUUGCGAGGGAAAAUUGGGUUUGCUGCGGCCUAUGGUUCCAGUCUCAUUCGGGGUUUUAUCCAAAGGUGGUUACAUGUCAUUACUAUUACCUACUUGGCAAACACAGCUUGAACCAGUCGGCGAACCUGCAACACAGCUGGAGCAACGUUUGCCAGCUGAAUUAGUCAGGCAAGAGAGGCUUACUAGAGCAUUCACCGCAAGAGCCCACUGGGAGCUAUCAACGACCUUAACGAGUAAUCAUUUAUUGGCGGUGGUUGCUUUAGCGAACACUUUGAUGUCGAUGAACAAUGCAACGUUUGUACCUGAGCAAGAACGAAAUCGGAAGCUGCACAGGCCCGGCAAUAGAGGUGCGAUGAAUUGGAAUAAGACAGAGGAGGAAAAUGAGGAAAUAUACACAGUUCAACAGGCGCAGAUCAAGCAAGGAUGGUCUCUUUUGGCUACGUUGCAUUGUGUAUUGUUACCUGAUAAAGUUACAGCACAAGGUGGCGCAAAGACUUUCAAGCGACCACAAGUCGAAAUGAUGGCACGAAGGUGGCAGCAUCAGUGUGUGGAGAUUCGAGAAGCAGCACAGGCUCUGCUGCUUGCCGAGCUCGGCAGGAUAGGCCCGAAGGGUCGCAAAGCGCUUGUCGAUAACUGGUCACAGUAUUUACCAAUGUACAGCACUCAGGAACCUAUCGCGCCGCAACCACAGAAUCAAAGUUCACCGGCGCCUGGCAGUCCGGUGCCGCCGUCUGAAUCACAACCAGAAGAAGAAUAUGAAGAAGAAGAAUUAGCUGAAGCAGAAAGUAUAGCUAGGAAGCCAUCGAGCGUGGCGGAAUUGAAGCGAAAGCAAACCACGGCGGUGGUGCUGUUGGGCGUGAUAGGGGCUGAAUUUGGCCAGGACGUAACCACGGGUAGCCAAAGAAGGGACAACGAACAAAGGCGAAAGAGUUCUAUCGUGGAAGGCUUCGGCAUAGGAAAUAAUAAUCUUGCUAGGCACACCAGCAUGGCGCUCACUCACUUGUUGCACGCGCCUCAUUCUCCGAAGUUGCCAAUGCACACGGCGCUACGAAGGGCUGCGAUUGAUCUUAUUGGCAGAGGAUUUACCGUGUGGGAACCGUACCUUGAUGUGUCAAAGGUUCUAUUAGGCCUAUUGGAAAUGUGUUGCGAUGCGGACAAGUUGGUGCCGAAUCUGACGUACGGCCUUCCUCUCACGCCGCAGGCCGACAGCUGUCGCACAGCGCGUCACGCGUUGACGCUAAUCGCUACCGCCAGACCAGCCGCCUUUAUCACGACGAUGGCUCGCGAAGUAGCUAGAUUUAACACUCUUCAACAGAAUGCUCAGACCUUAAAUGUCAAUUUGGGCGCGAGUGUGUUGACCAGAGCAAAGCCAGAAAUUCUUAGGAUCGUUGAACAACUGAUUGAUAAGAUGCAGAGCGAGAUGAGCGAUCUUCUUGUGGAGGUUAUGGAUAUCAUUUUACAUUGCCUUGAUCCAGGUCAUCUGAAAAUAAAGCCUUUGAACGAAGUGUUCCCGGCUGUUUGUAGAUUUAAUCAGGUCAGUCAUUGUCCGGCAACUCGCAGGAUAGCGGUUGGUGGUCGCGGUGGCCAGUUAGCAUUGUACGAAUUGCGAGGUAAUGUCAAAUGUCAAACUGUCUCUGCUCAUUCGGCGCCGGUCACCGCAUUGGCGUUUUCGCCGGAAGGAAAGUUCCUUGUCAGUUAUUCUUGUUCCGAGAACAAACUCUGUUUUUGGCAGCAAACCAGCAGUGGCAUGUUUGGUCUGGGCAAUUCGCAGACUCGCUGUGUGAAAUCUUACAGUACUGCACCCAUCAACGAUGUGGCACGGCUGAAUCCUAUGCGUCUGGCACGGCUGAUAUGGAUCAACAAUCGUACAGUCACCCUAAUGCUUGCCGAUGGCUCGGAAACACGCUUCAAUGUUUGAACGUCACGUGAGAACGUCAAGACGGCUGAAGCGGCAACCGGCUACGGCAAGCGGAAGCAGCUUGUGCGCCAUUUAGCGCCGAUGUGCAUCGAUUUAAGCCUGGUUUAUACAAUGUCUCUUUGUUGAUAGAUUUUUUACAAAAGGAUCAAUAGUGAUUUGCAAUACGUUUUUAAUAAACAAGUUAAUUUGAUAGCACUAAA